AUGUCAGCUGAACCGGACCACUCUCACGACAAGAAGAGAGUCCAUCUUCAGGAUGCCUCUGGUGCGGAGAAGAAAGAGGAGCUUGAUACUGCCACCGCUAUUCUCAAAAAGAAGAAGAAGCCCAACUCUUUGAUUGUGACCGAUGCCGUCAACGAUGAUAACUCCGUUAUUGCCCUUUCGAACAACACCAUGGAAACUCUUCAGCUCUUCCGUGGCGAUACUGUUCUGGUCAAGGGCAAGAAGCGCAAGGAUACUGUUUUGAUCGUCUUGGCUGAUGAUGACCUGGAGGAUGGAAACGCUCGCAUCAACCGUGUGGUGCGCCACAACCUCCGUGUCAAGCACGGCGAUGUCAUUACUGUCCACGCCUGCUCUGAUAUCAAAUACGCCAAGCGGAUCGCCGUUCUUCCCAUUGCCGAUACUGUUGAAGGCCUAACUGGCUCCCUCUUUGAUGUCUUCCUCGCUCCCUAUUUCCGUGAGGCAUACCGUCCGGUUCGACAGGGUGAUCUCUUCACCGUACGAGGCGGUAUGCGACAGGUGGAAUUUAAGGUUGUUGAGGUUGAUCCUCCGGAAUAUGGCAUUGUUGCACAAGACACAGUUAUCCACUGCGAAGGUGAACCGAUUCAGCGUGAGGAUGAGGAGGGUAACCUGAAUGAGGUUGGAUACGAUGACAUUGGUGGAUGUCGCAAACAGAUGGCCCAGAUCCGUGAGUUGGUCGAGCUGCCCCUUCGCCAUCCUCAACUUUUCAAGUCCAUCGGUAUUAAGCCCCCUCGUGGUAUCCUCAUGUAUGGUCCCCCGGGUACUGGUAAGACCCUGAUGGCCCGUGCCGUUGCUAAUGAGACUGGUGCAUUCUUCUUCCUUAUCAACGGCCCUGAGAUCAUGUCCAAGAUGGCCGGUGAGUCCGAAUCGAACCUGCGCAAGGCAUUCGAGGAGGCCGAGAAGAACUCUCCCGCCAUCAUCUUCAUUGAUGAGAUUGAUUCCAUCGCCCCCAAGCGUGACAAGACCAACGGUGAGGUCGAGCGCCGUGUCGUCUCUCAGCUUUUGACCCUCAUGGACGGCAUGAAGGCCCGUUCCAACGUUGUGGUCAUGGCUGCCACUAACCGCCCCAACUCUAUUGACCCCGCUCUCCGCCGUUUUGGUCGUUUCGAUCGUGAGGUCGACAUUGGCAUUCCUGACCCGACUGGCCGUCUGGAGAUCAUGCAGAUUCACACCAAGAACAUGAAGCUUGGUGACGACGUUGAUCUUGAGACCAUCGCCGCUGAGACUCACGGUUACGUCGGUUCUGAUCUGGCCUCGCUGUGCUCUGAGGCCGCUAUGCAGCAGAUCCGUGAGAAGAUGGACCUGAUCGAUCUUGACGAAGAUACCAUUGACGCCGAGGUCCUGGACUCCCUUGGCGUCACCAUGGAAAACUUCCGGUAUGCUCUGGGUGUUUCCAACCCCUCCGCUCUCCGCGAGGUUGCCGUUGUCGAAGUCCCCAAUGUCCGCUGGGACGAUAUUGGUGGUUUGGAAGAGGUCAAGCGGGAGCUUGUCGAGAGUGUCCAGUACCCUGUGGACCACCCCGAGAUGUUCCAGAAGUUUGGUCUCUCACCUUCCCGCGGUGUUCUGUUCUAUGGCCCUCCUGGUACUGGUAAGACCAUGUUGGCCAAGGCUGUCGCCAACGAGUGUGCUGCCAACUUCAUCUCCGUUAAAGGCCCUGAGCUUCUGAGUAUGUGGUUCGGUGAAUCCGAGAGCAACAUCCGUGACAUCUUCGAUAAGGCUCGUGCCGCCGCCCCUUGCGUCGUCUUCCUCGACGAGUUAGACUCUAUUGCAAAGUCCCGUGGUGGCUCCGUUGGUGAUGCCGGCGGUGCCUCCGACCGUGUUGUGAAUCAACUUCUGACAGAGAUGGAUGGUAUGACCUCCAAGAAGAACGUUUUCGUCAUUGGUGCUACCAACCGUCCUGAACAGUUGGAUGCCGCUCUCGUCCGUCCUGGCCGUCUUGACACUCUGGUUUACGUUCCCCUGCCCGACGAGGCUUCGCGUGAGGGUAUCCUACGUGCCCAACUUCGCAAGACCCCUGUAGCCGACGAUGUAGAUAUUCCCUUUAUUGCUGGCAAGACUCACGGCUUCUCCGGUGCCGAUCUUGGCUUCAUCACCCAACGUGCUGUCAAGCUUGCUAUCAAAGAGGCCAUAACUGCUGAUAUCGAUCGUCUCAAGGCCCGCGAGGCUGCUGGCGAGGAUGUCACCAUGGGAGAGGACGAAGAUGAUGUGGAGGACCCCGUCCCUGAGUUGACUCGUGCUCACUUCGAGGAGGCCAUGCAGUCUGCUCGCCGCUCAGUCAGUGACAUCGAGAUCCGCCGCUACGAGGCCUUUGCUCAAAGCUUGAAGAACUCUGGUGGUAGCAGCUUCUUCCGCUUCCCCUCCGCCGGGGAGGUUCAGACCGGCACUUUCGGCGAGGCCGGCAAUGAUGACAGCCUCUACGACUAA